AAAUGUCGCAGAGGCUGUGGAAUACCUAGGAAAAGCAGUAGAGAUAUUUGCGGACAUUGGGGAUUUCAGCAUGUGUGGAAGAUAUUGUAAGGUAUAUAUAGCUAUGCCAGGCCAGCUCUACAUGAACCAGAAAUGAUUCAACUCCAUAUUCAGAAGUACUAUUAUCUAUUUCUUUGUCUAUCUAGUAUAAUGCAUUAGUACUAGUUAGUCUAUUGCAUGGAAUACCGUUCGUAUAUAGAACUUCAUGUGUCUACCUAGUAAAAUAUUUUUAAGAGAUAAAUUUGUGUUUAAUGUAUGUGUAUGUGGAGACUGCCCAUUCUCAAAGGAGCUCAAGAGUCGUUAUUGACAAUAUUUUAGUUUCAGAGUCAUAUUUGACUUAAUCAAAAUGGCACAUAACUCUACCUUGCUUACUUUCUACGAUGUUCUGGACAACAAAUGCCCCAAGGUAUCGUGGUUCUUACAGAUACAUCAUCUCUAUUUCUAUAGAGGUAGGGAAAUUGCUGAAAUAUAUGAGCAAAGGCAAGACAUUGGAAUAGCAAUCCAGCAGUAUAAUACAGCAGUUGAUUAUUUCGAAAGGCAAAAUGUAUCAACAUUUGCAAAGCAGUGCAAACUUAAAAUUGCUAAACUUUCUGCUGAGAUGGAAGAGUUCGGGUCGGAACUAGGUCCAAACACGACCCAUUGGCAGGCUUACAAACACAGCAUAGCUGCUUGACGAAAAAGAAAUAUGAAGCGUUUUCAUAAGGUUGUGUGCUUGUUAAACGCCGCUACAAACUAAUCAAGACUAAAACAUGACUGAGUUCUUAGAUAUCCAAAGGCUAUUAAAAUAUAUGAGGAGAUAGCGUGCCUUUCUGCGAAUAACAACUCGUUCAAAUAUGGAGUUAGAGAGCAUCUUCUUAAUGCUGGUCUUUGCCAACUAUGCCUUGGUGAUAAUGUUGCAAUUAAGAAUGCUUUAGAGAAGUACGAGGAUCUGGAUCCAACAUUCUCAGGAACGCAGGAGUAUAAGCUACUGGUGGAUUUGGCUGCGUCAUUGGGCGAGAAAAAUGCGGCAAAGCUCAUGGAUGCUGCCAACGAAUAUGAUAGCGUGACCCAACUGGAUGCAUUGAGGACCACACUGCUUCUUAGGGUGAGGGAAUCUAUCUAUCAAAGCUACAGAACUUGAGGAGGAGGAUCUUAGUUACUUGAACUUUUAGGCCACUUGUACUUGCCUUUUUGCCUUAAUUAAUUUAUUGGGGGACGUAGUAAAGAUUUGCGGGGGUUUUGAUACUUCAUUCUAGCUACCUGGCAGUAGUGGUGGGCCUUAAAAUUA